AUGCCGUCGAGCUGCACCAACAGUACUCAAGAGAACAACGGCAGCAGCCGAGCGUGCCUCCCCCUCUCCAAGAUGCCUAUUAGUGUAGCUCACGGCAUCAUCCGCUCCGUUGUGCUGCUUGUCAUCCUUGGUGUAGCCUUUCUGGGUAACGUAGUGCUGGGUUAUGUAUUGCACCGUAAGCCAAACUUGCUGCAGGUGACCAACCGGUUCAUAUUUAACCUGCUUGUCACUGACCUGCUGCAGGUUGCUCUCGUGGCCCCCUGGGUGGUGUCCACCGCCAUUCCUUUCUUCUGGCCUCUCAACAUCCACUUCUGCACUGCCCUGGUUAGCCUCACCCACUUAUUUGCCUUUGCUAGCGUCAAUACCAUUGUGGUGGUGUCAGUAGAUCGUUACCUGACCAUCAUCCACCCUCUUUCCUACCCAUCCAAGAUGACCAACCGACGUAGUUAUAUUCUCCUUUAUGGCACCUGGAUUGUAGCCUUCCUGCAGAGCACACCUCCACUCUAUGGCUGGGGCCGCGCUACCUUUGAUGACCGUAAUGCCUUCUGUUCCAUGAUCUGGGGAGCCAGCCCUGCCUAUACCGUUGUCAGUGUGAUAUCCUUCAUCGUCAUUCCACUGGGUGUUAUGGUUGGCUGCUAUUCUGUGGUGUUUGGUGCAGCCCGGAGGCAGCAAGCUCUCCUGUAUAAGGCCAGGAGCCACCGCCUGCAGGUGAGAGUCAAGGACUCUGUGGUGCAUGAGAAUGAACAGGGAGCAAAGAAGCAGGAUGAGUUCCAGGACGAGAAUGAGUUCCAGAGCCAAGAUGAAGGUGGUCAGACCAAGGCUAAGGAAAGCAGCACCAUGGAAGAGGAUCUCAUGGUAGCCGAGGACAGCAGCAUGAAGACCGGAAAAGGAAGCCUGGAUUUCAGUGCAGGUAUCAUGGAGGCCAAGGGCAGUGAAGAGGUCAGUAAUGGCAGCAUGGAGGGACUGGAAGUCAUCACUGAAUUUCAGGCUAGCAGCGCAAAGGCAAACACUGGCCGCAUAGAUGUCAAUCAGUGCAGCAUUGAUGUGGGCGAAGAUGAUGUCGAGUUUGGCAUGGAUGAAAUCCAUUUCAACGAUGAUGUCGAGGCAAUGCGCAUUCCAGAGAGCCGUCCACCCAGUCGUCGAAACAGCGCCAGCAACCCACCUUUGCCUCCAUGCUAUGAGUGCAAAGCCGCUAGAGUGAUCUUCAUCAUCAUUUUCUCCUACAUGCUAUCUCUGGGGCCCUACUGCUUUCUGGCAGUGCUGGCUGUGUGGGUGAAUAUUGAUACCCAGGUACCCCAGUGGGUGAUCACCAUAAUAAUCUGGCUUUUUUUCCUGCAGUGCUGCAUCCACCCAUAUGUCUAUGGCUAUAUGCACAAGAGCAUCAAGAAGGAAAUCCAGGAGGUACUGAAGAGGUUAAUCUGUAAGAAAAGCCCCCCUGUGGAAGAUAGCCACCCUGACCUUCACGAAACGGAAGCUGGCACAGAGGGAGGUACUGAAGGCAAGGCUGUCCCCUCUCACGAUUCGGCUACUUCACCUUAA